AUGUCUUCUCUGCCGUUCCUUCAUACCACCAACAUUCAAGUUCCCAAAAAAGCAUCAACCAUGAUGCGUUCAAUGAAUAGAACCUUACCUGCUACUCGAUUAAUGACAGCUUCGAUGCCAAGAACACCAAAUAACGUACCUGCUGUUCCAAGCGCAGAGUAUUCAAAUCUUGAAAGGAAAGAGAAAAUCUCUUUAGAAAACACGGCCGAUGAUUUGCUUAACGGCGUUUCCUUCAGAACAAUCUAA